AUGAAAUCAGGUUUCAAAACCGCAAGAAUUAAUUCUCCUCAUCUAAUUGAACUUUAUAAUUCCAUAAGGAUAAAUGGACAACUGAUUCAAAAAAGCACGCAUGAAAGUAUUAGUGUCGAAGUCGAUUUUGGGCAUAAUAACACACACGAAAGUAUUAGUAACGGAGAAUUUGAAGUUGAAUAUAACAAUGCACACGAAAGUAUUAGUAAUGACGUUGAUAUUAAACAUAUUAGCUA